AUGCUAUAUAGGCCAUUGCAAUAUUUUCUAUACCUUAUAGGAAUCAUAAUUGCCUUACAACCGUCAUACAUUCAUCCUGAUGAGCAUUUCCAAUCAUUAGAAAUUCUUACAAUAAGAUUUUUCAACAUAAAGGGAACCAUACCAUGGGAAUUCCAAUCAAUUAAUCCAGCAAGAAGUUUUGUCCCCUUGUAUUUAUUUUAUGGUCCUUUAUUUUAUUUUUUGAAACACGCAAUAGAUGUUCACAAGAAUCCAUUGAUCAUAUUAUAUUCUUCAAGAUUAUACACUUAUAUCAUUUACAUUAUCACUUUGAAGUUCUACUUGAAGAAUAAUAAUAAUACGAAGAAGAAUAGAAAAUUGGGUUUCAUAAUUAUAUUAUCUUCUUAUGUCACAUGGACUUAUCAAUCUCAUACCUUUUCCAAUUCUACAGAGACCAUAAUCUUGUUAUUAGUCUUAUCCUUAUAUGAGAAAAUAUUAUCAGAACAUCACACUACAACAAAUAACACAAGAUUAUCAAUCCUAUUAGGAUGUUUAAUAUCAAUUGGUACAUUCAAUAGAAUGACAUUUGGUUCAUUCAUUUUAUUGCCAAGUUUAAAAUUGUUUAUCCAAUUUUAUUCAAAAAAAGCCAAUUGGAAAUAUUUACUCUACUUAAUCACUUCAUUCACUAUUGUCUCAUUUUUGUCCAUUCAAAUUGAUUCAAUACUUUAUCAUGAUAACUACACUCUAACAGUAGAUCCUACAAAAUGGAUAAUUACACCAUUAAACAAUAUAAAAUAUAAUCUAAAUGAAUCGAAUUUAUCAUUACAUGGACUUCAUUCAAGAUAUACACAUCUAUUAAUUAAUUUACCACAGAUUAUUGGACCAUUAUUCUUAAUAUUCCCAUACAUUAUCAUCAAAACGUGGAAAUCAUUAUCAACAUUAUCAAUCGUUUCCACUUUAUUAAUCUUAUCAUCUUUUAAACAUCAAGAAUUACGUUUCCUAAUUCCAUUGACACCAUUGAUAAUAACCUCCGUGAUUAUAUCAAUUAAAGACUUACACAUUAUCAGAUCAACAAAAGUUAAAAAACUCAUCGUCAUACAAUGGAUAAUUUUCAAUCUAAUCAUGGGAAUAAUUGUAGGAAUAUUCCAUCAAUCAGGUAUAAUACCAAUAAUGAUGGAAAAUUCCCGUGCUAAUUCAACAUCAAGAGAAAUUUGGUGGAAAACUUAUUCUCCUCCGACUUGGUUAUACAUGAAUCCAAACUUACAAGUCAUAAAUGAUAAGAAUAAUUACCAUGUGAGUGAACUGGACAAGACACAUGAUUAUGUGUUUGAUAUGAAAGGAUGCGAUGUUGAAAUAUUAUAUGAUACAAUAGAAACAAUACUGCAAGACCAAAAUGAUGCUGAUACGGUGAUUAAAGUAAUUAUUCCCAAAGGAGUGGAAAAUGAGUUUUUAACAUUAAAUGGAACUAUAUAUAUUGAAGAGACAAAUGUUUAUUCUUGGAGACAUUUAGAUCUAGAUCAUGGAAUUACAUUUGGACUGUCCGUUUUCAAUGUAACAAGAAACUAG